AUGUUCUGGUCUCUCCGGAAGGCUGGGCUCAAAACUGUAAUCUACGAAGCCGGCACGGACCUGGGCGGAACUUGGCGUUGGAACUGCUAUCCCGGGGCUAUGGUCGACUCGGAAGUACCCGAGUACCAGCUUAACAUCCCGGAAGUAAUCAAGGCCCACAAUUGGCCAAACAACUAUCCAAACUAUCACGACUUGCGAGAUUACUUUGAUACCUGCGACAGGGUCCUCGACAUAAAGAGUCAAACCGCGUUCGAGAGCGUCGUCACGGGUGCCCAGUUCGACCCUGAAGAAGGACGCUGGCGCGUCGAGACGGCGGACGGAAGGACCGCCAAAUGCAAGUACCUUGUGAUCUGUGCCGGUUUUGCCGCCAAGCGGUACGUCCCCGACUGGCCUGGAAUCGACAAGUUCAAAGGCAUCGUCCACCACUCAUCGUUCUGGCCGGACGAGGAGGUCUCUGUCGAGGGCAAGAAAUGCGCCAUUAUCGGAACCGGAGCGACGGGCGUUCAGUUGACCCAAGCGUGGGGCCCCAAAGCCGGCCACCUCAAGGUCUUCCAGCGGACGCCCAACCUGUGCGUGCCGAUGCGCCAGCGCGACCUCACCGUCGAAGAACAGGAGUCGGCCAAGAAGUGGUACCCGGAGCUCCUCCACCUGCGCGAACACUGCUUCGGCGGCUUCCUGUACACGUUCUCCGAGCGAAACACGUUCGACGACACGCCGGAGGAACGGGAGGCCUUCUUCGAGAAGCUGUGGCAGGACGGCGGCUUCCGCUACUGGCUGGGCAACUACAAGGACUACCUGUACGACAAGGAGGCAAACCAGGAGGUGUACAACUUCUGGGCCAAGAAGCAGCGCGCCCGGAUCGAGGAUCCAAGAAAACGAGACAUCCUGGCGCCGCUGAAGAUGCCGCACUACUGGGGCGUCAAGCGGCCUUGUCUUGAGUACGCGUACCUGGAGCAGUUCAACCGGCCCAAUGUCGACGUCGUCGACAUCAAGGACAACCCCAUUGUCAGCUUCGACGAGGACGGCAUCAACCUGGCGGACGGAACGCACCACGACUUUGACGUGAUCUGCAUAGCCAGCGGCUUCGACGUCGUAACAGGCGGCAUGACGGCCAUGGGCCUCCGUAACAUAGACGGCGUCAGUCUCGAGGAGCAGUGGAAGAAAGCAGCGUACACGUACCUUGGCACGACCGUGGCUGGAUACCCGAACAUGUUUCAUCUGUACGGGCCUCACGGCCCGACUUUGCUAUCCAAUGGGCCCACCACCAUAGAGGUGCAAGGGAGAUGGAUUACGGACGUGAUCAAGGCAUGCGAGCGCAAGGGGAUCAAGUACAUCAACCCGACGGACGAGGCGAGCAGAGAGUGGAAGAAGAAGAUCAACCACCUCAGCGACAUAUCUUUGUUCCCAACCACCAAGAGCACGUACAUGGGAGGAAGCAAGCCGGACAAGGCGUUCGAGCAGACGAACUAUGCAGGAGGCUUGCACAAUUACGCCGAGGAGAUCAGACGAGUCUUGCCUGCGUUUGACGGGUUCCACGUCGUAAAGGCGAGCGCAUGA